AUGUCCACGCAGGCAGCCAUGACCACGACGGAGCGCUGGCAGAAGAUUCAGGGACGAGCUCCCGAUCCCAUCUUCGAGCUCGCAAAACGCGCCGCCGCUGCCAAGGGCCCCAAGGCCAACCUCGUCAUUGGUGCCUACCGCGACGAGCAGGGCCUUCCCUACCCGCUACGCGUGGUCCGCAAGGCUGAGCAGCUUCUUCUGGACAUGAAUCUUAACUACGAGUACCUACCCAUCUCCGGUUACCAGCCCUUCAUCGAUGAGGCGGUAAAGAUGAUCUACGGCGAUACCGUCGAGCUGGAGAACCUGGUUGCCGUGCAGACGCUGAGCGGGACCGGUGCCCUCUCUCUCGGCGCGAAGCUGCUGACUCACGUCUUCGACGCUGAGAAGACGCCCAUCUACCUUGCCGACCCCACGUGGCCCAACCACUACAGCAUCGUGAAGGCUGCUGGCUGGAAGGACAUCCGCACGUACGCCUACUACGACCACAAGACGCUCGGGCUGGAUUUUGAGGGCAUGAAGAAGGACAUUCUGGCUGCGCCGGACGGCUCUGUGUUCCUUCUGCACCAGUGCGCGCACAACCCCACUGGCGUGGACCCGUCGCAGGAGCAGUGGAACGAGAUCGCGUCACUGAUGCUGGCCAAGCACCAUCAGGUGUUCUUCGACUCCGCCUACCAGGGCUAUGCGAGCGGCAGCCUCGACACAGACGCGUAUGCUGCCCGCCUGUUUGCCCGCCGCGGCAUCGAGGUACUGCUGGCGCAGUCGUUCUCCAAGAACAUGGGCCUGUACAGCGAGCGUGCGGGCACGCUGUCGCUGCUCCUCAAGGACAAGACGAAGCGCGCGGAUGUGAAGAGCGUGAUGGAUUCGCUGAUUCGUGCGGAGUACACCUGCCCCCCGGCCCACGGUGCCCAUUUGGCUCACCUCAUCCUGAGCAACAACGAGCUGCGAAAGGAGUGGGAAGCAGAGCUAUCGGCCAUGGCGGAGCGCAUCCGCACGAUGCGCCGCACCGUGUACGACGAGCUGCUGCGCCUGCAGACGCCCGGACGCUGGGAACACGUCAUUAACCAGAUUGGCAUGUUCUCCUUCCUCGGGCUGUCGAAAGAGCAGUGCGAAUACUGCCAAAACCACAACAUCUUCAUCACGCUGUCGGGCCGCGCUAACAUUGCAGGUCUGACGCACGAGACGGCGCUGAUGCUGGCACAGACGAUCAACGAUGCUGUGCGCAAUGUGAAUCGCAAGUGA